AUGGGUGUGGAGGUCCCCGUGCAGGCCUAUAACUCCAAAUCAGAGUGCUCCAGAGUCAUAAGUUGGUUGAAGGAAGAAUCAGACAUGAAGCUUUCGCAGAGCAGGUCACAGAACUAUCAAUCACACCCACUAUCAUCUAACGAAGAUCCGGCGAUUAAAACAAACAGGCGAGAGUCUUGUGAUGUAGAUAGGGACGACAACAACAACAAUCAUGUUGGUGAUGAUGAAAAGCUGAGGAUCGCUUUCUUCAGAGAUGACAACGAUGUGGGAGAAAUUCUUGAACCGACUCCGCGACAGCUGCAAUAUGCUCAGACCCUCUCGCUGCAAACUGGGAUUCCCCUUCCACGGGAGGCGAUGGUGCAAAGGGAUACUAUGUCUCGAUGGAUCGACAAUGCCGUUGCGUCUGUUUACUUCGCCCAGAAGCACCAGGAAGGAAUUCCUGCUGCUGUCUUGCAGACAGACGAAGCUUGCCAAGCGUUUCUUCAGCAAUUCGAGAAGAAAUCCCCUUCGUCGGCAGAAAUCGAUCGGAAGCCGAUGGAGUCUGACUGGGGGACAGCGGGGACAGCACAAGGAGGGAACGAAGUCUCUGCAGUAGAAGAAACCAUACACAUGGAGGACGAGGUGCUAGAGGUCAUUUAUUCGAUCUCGCAGACGAAAGGAGAGCAAAAUGGCGUGACUGUUGAUGACAUCAUCCGACAACUGCACGAGACCUACGAGGUGGAGGUGAAGCCAAGACAGGUACACGAGUGGCUCGACGGGCUGCUGGGGAAAGGAUUGGUUUCGUGCACGGACGAGGAGUACUUCCUUGUGUCGUAG